UAUUAAAUGUUUCUUUUUUCUUUUUUGUGUGGACGGUAAGUGAUGUCUUAAAGUCGCCUACAAGCACGUAUGUGCUUUCCAGGAAGUGGGCUUUUAUCACCUCAAACCUGCGUGUGCUCUUGUUGUGAAAGUUUUAUCUUCUACCGGAUGUGUUCCUUUCAUUACCGGAAGUUAUGGAGUAACACAUUUUUGCAAGCGACCUUGCUAAGCGUGUUUCGCACAUUUAUCCUUGUUCUCAAUUGUAUACAGGGCACAUGAGGUAACCGUUCGGUUUGGUUUUGUUCCCUUUCAUCAGCUUCAUAAUGGUGUCUGUCGUCAAGGCUGCGGUAGGCGGACUAAUGGGUGUUUGCAGAACUCACUGUCUCCAGAAAGGUUUCUUGCACAGCCACCUAAAAAUCCUUGCUGCAGGGAUGAAGACGUAUGAAAUCCCUCCAGAUUACACCAACGUGGUUCUUCCUGCAAGACCCAAGCUGAAGUUUCUGAACAAGGUGCCAAACCUAAAGAAAGCCAAGAAAGAGAUGAAAAAGUUACGGGACAUUCAAGGCCCAGCGAAGGCGGCCAACACCUUCACUGUAGGACAAUACGCUAUUGUGGCCAUGGGUGGAGGCUAUCUCCAUUGGGGUCACUUGGAGAUGAUACGUCUUACCAUUAAUCGCAAGAUGGAUGCACGGACAACAUUCGCUCGCUGGCGCGUCAACUCUCCGUACAAACCUAUCACAAGAAAAGGCCUCGGCCAGCGCAUGGGUGGAGGCAAAGGAGCGAUCGACCACUAUGUCACACCAGUCCGCUACGGACGUUUAAUAGUGGAGCUGGGAGGAAAGGUGGAGCUGGGGGAGGUUGAGUCGGUCCUCACCGAAGUGGCUAAAAAGCUCCCGUUCCCCGCUAAGGUGAUGAGCAGGGAGGGCCUUGAAGCUUUCCAUAAGGCCCAGGCUGAUAUGGAGCAGAACAACCAAAAUCCAUGGACGUUCAAGCGAAUCGCUCUGGGGAACAUGUUAGGCAUUAGAAAAGUGCUGAGUCCGUUUGAUCUGCACAACCAUGGACGCUUUACAGGCAAAUUUCAUAACCCGGGCAGAGUGUGACAGAUCAGAGGGGUCGUUUUCCAAGUGCUUUGAUAUAGUUCAGACAAGAAAUGCAUUUUGAAAUAUGUGUACAUGUUAAAUAAAAAUAUAUGUAUUGAAAGAAA